AUGGGUCGAGAUUCUAGAGAGAAAGCUUUGUUUGCUUUGGCAAGGGCGACUGAGGAUGAUAACAUUGUUCAUGUUGAACUCCUGGCAAUAAAGAUGGGCCUUGUGAAAGCCAAGUCCUUGACCAUUUCUCAAGUUCAAGUGAGAUCUGAUUCUCUGGUGGCGGUGCAAUUGCUAUAUGGUUCAUGGAAUCCCUUGUUUUUAGGGGAUUAUCCAAGCUCAAUGAGAAGUAGAGUGGGAAGUAGGUUACCAACAUUUUCCAAAGAUGAGGCAACCUUGGUUAAAGGAUCUUCGGACAUUGUUGGCAUUAAUCACUACACAACAUAUUAUGCCAAUAUAGUUGGUGUUUUGUUUAAUGACACUCUGGCAAAUUCUGGUGCAAAUACACUUCCAUUCAAAUCUGGGAAAGCAAUAGGAGAGAGGGCAUAUUCAAUAUGGCUAUACUUUUUUCCCCAAGGGAUGAGAAGUUUGAUGAAUUACAUUAAGCAGAAGUAUGGGAAUCCUCCAAUCAUUAUCACUGAAAAUGGAAUGGAUGACUCCAACAACCCAUUAAUCUCCAUUAAAGAUGCUCUUAAGGAUGACAAAAGGGUAAAGUAUCACAGUGGCUACCUUUCAAACUUGCUAGCUUCUAUUAAGUAUGAUCCCUCUAUAUUUGGAAGGAACCCAACCCAAUCUGGAAGAUGGAUGUAA